CGCACCGCCUUUCGCUGACCAUUAAUCACGACCUCGUCCGGCUCCGUGACGAGCAGGUGACCAGUAACAAUCACCGUGACUAUCUCCUCAGUCGCCGGCGACAACGCAACCCCCACCCGCCCGCAGUCUUCCCUCUUCAACAAGCUGAGUCCCCGCAGCCGUGUCCUCACAGGAUGCUAGUUCGGCCCCCGUCACGAGGGCCUUCAGUAAAAAAUCCGACUCCAUACCCUCCGCCAGC